AUGGGCGUGUUCCGCGCAUGCGCGCUCCUUUUCCUCUUCUUCCUCCUCCUCCGCCCCUGUUCUCCUUCUUCUUCGCUCCUCGCCGCCAGAAAGCAGCUCCAUGAAGCGCCUUCUCCUCGCCGCCCUCCUCCAGCUCCGCCGCCCUCAUCCCCUGGCUCUUCAUUCUCAGAAUCUAUCAGGGACUUUAUGGAGAAGGCCUCAAAGAAUGGUCCUGAACCAUGCAUACAGCACCGAGAGUGGAAACAUAGACAAGUCUGUCGGACGCUAUCCAGUACCCAAUAAAAAGGAUUUGCCAUAUGAUAUCGCAGAGCUCUUGGAGGAAGUAGAAGUAAAGAGUGGUUUUUUACCCAAUGUGUUUAAAGUGAUGUCUCAUCGACCAGCCGAAUUCAGAGCAUUCUUUGCUUAUUACAAUGCCAUCAUGAACAAGGAAUCAGGGAACCUAAGCGCUGCAGAUAAGGAGCUCAUUAUUGUGGCUACAAGCAUUGUCAACAAGUGUCCCUACUGUGUCACUGCGCACAGUGCUUUGCAUCGAAUAUUUUCCAAGAAACCAACUCUAGCUGACCAGGUCAUUGUGAACUGGAAGAUGGCUGACCUUGAUGCUCGACAGCAGGCCAUGAUUGAAUUUGCGCUAGCUGUCUGUCGAGCAGAGAAUAUAACUGAAGAGCAUUUUCAGAAGUUAGAGGCUCAGGGAUUUGACCGAGAUGAUGCCUGGGAUAUAGCCACCAUUACAGCCUUCUUUGCCAUGGCAAAUCGUGUUGCUCACUUGACAGACAUGAAGCCAAACCCAGAAUUCUUCUCCAUGGGAAGAGUACCGAAGGAAAAACAGGACACAAAAUCAUCCUAAUUAAGCUUCCUGCUAACCAGAUCUUUGCAGUGAUACACGGAGGCCAAUCUGCACUCAUUGUGUUAUAGAAGUUGCAAAGACAGAAAAAGAAAAGAUAUAGGUUGCAAAAGUCUACUUACCUCUGAUCUGUAUUUCUGAGUGGUUUUCCAGUAGGGAGCCAACUGAAAUGAAGUACUCUGAAGAUCAGACACUGGCUGCUCAAUUUGUUUUGAUUGUAAUUUUACUAUAAUUUACCAUUUUCUACAGGGUUUUCCCAUAUAAAAUCUAGUUGGCCUAGCAUUUAUCUGUGCCAGAAAACCUUUUAUUGAUCAAAACCUGGGAAGAUUUACUCAAACACUGGAAAAGAAAUUCAGGAAGACAUCUUUCUCAUUUCCUCCGAAAGCAGAUGCCCACUUAAUUGAUUGUAGCUGGAGCAAAUACUUUUUUACAUUUUCAUGUAUUUUAGAAGAAAUUUUAAUCAUUCUGACUUAUAAUAUAGUUUAAUAAUUUAAAAUUAUGUAUUUACAUGUUAAUUGUUUUGCUUCCUUUAAACCUGUUCUGGUGAUACAAAUAAGGGAGGGUGUAAAAUAAAUAAGAAUAUAAUCUCUG